AUGUACAGAUCUCACAUGCUUGAAAAAAAUGGACGAUUCCUAUUGAAGGAAAAAAAAUAUCUUAAAAAUAUAUUAGAAAGUUACAGAUUUGAAGGGAUUAGAGAAAAAAAAAAUGAUUUGUUUACUAUUAAUAAUGAUGGAAAAAGAUGUAUAAACUCAUUAGUAUAUACACCACAUUUUAAUAAAAUACGCCAAAAUAAAAAGGAUGAAAUAGCUAUAACAUAUGAUAAAAAAAAAUAUGAACAAGACAUAUUUUCUUUUAAUUAUUUUAUAGAUUUAAUUCAAACCAAAUUUAAUAAUAAAAAUUUAAAAAAUAAUAGUAAAUUUGUGAAAAAUGUUUCUAAUCUAUUUAAUAAAUAUGCAAAAUUAUGUUCUACAAACAAAGUAGAUUAUAUGCAACAAAACAAUAAAGACACAAAACAUUUAAAAAUAAGUGAAGAAAAAAUAAAUAAUUUUUUAAAGAAAUCUUUUAAAUCAUAUAACAAAAUAAAUAAAAUUUCUAGUAAUAUUGUAAACAGUGAUGUACAUAAUCCAAAUGGUUUUAUAGAUAAGAAAACAGAGAUUGAUGAAAAAAACAAAGAACCAAAUUUUAUAGAAACAUUGUUUAAUGAUAUUGUAAAAAUAUAUUUAUCUAAAAUUCCUAAAGGGUUUGAAAGAUUUGAAAAAAGUGAUUCAAACAAAAAUUGUAAUGGGAAUAUAAAUAAUGCUCAACAAGAAGAAGAAAAACCUAAAAAAUUUGAUAAUAAUUUUUUUUAUUUAUUUAUUUUAUUAUUAUUAUGUUUUCUACUAUUUGUCGAUUCAAAUAGUUUAUAUAAUGAAAUAACACAAAAUGAUUUUUUUUACAAUUAUUUAUCUAAAGGAUAUGUAGAUAAAAUCAAAUUAAUAAAUAAAGAUUAUGUAAAAGCAUAUUUAAAUUCACAUGGUAUUAAUAAAUACCAUCUAAAAUAUGUUAGCUUUAGAGUAGGAAAUAGUGAUUCCUUUGAAAGAAAAGUUGAACUAAUACAAAAAGAAAUGAAUAUAAAACUUGAUGAAAUUAUAGAAGUACAAUAUGUAAAUGAAGGAAAUCUUGUAGGGGAAAUAAAAUCUUAUAUCCCUAGUAUACUUUUUUUUCUGUUUUUAGUUUUUAUAUUCCAAAAAAUAACUUUAAAAAAUGUAGCAAACAGUGGAAUGGACAAACUAUUUAAAUUUAAUAAAAUAAAUCCCAUCAAUAAAAAUAAUUAUAAAACAGAUAUAAAAUUUUCAAGUGUUGCUGGAAUGAAACAAGCAAAAGAAGAAAUUAUGGAGUUUGUUGAUUUUUUGAAAAAUCCAGCAAAAUAUCAAGUAUUAGGUGCAAAAAUACCAAAAGGUGCAUUAUUAUGUGGUGCACCGGGAACCGGAAAAACUCUAUUAGCAAAAGCUGUUGCUGGUGAGGCAAAUGUUCCCUUUUUUAAUAUUAGUGGAAGUGAUUUUAUUGAAGUAUUUGUAGGAAUAGGACCAUCAAGAGUUAGAGAAUUAUUUGCACAAGCAAGAAAACAUGCACCAUCUAUUAUUUUUAUUGAUGAAAUUGAUGCUGUUGGGCGAAAAAGAUCAAAAGGAGGUUUUGCAGGUGGAGGAAAUGAUGAAAGAGAAAAUACUUUAAAUCAGAUGCUUGUUGAAAUGGAUGGAUUCCAUACAUCUAAUGAUCAAGUAGUUGUUUUAGCAGGAACCAAUAGAAUCGAUAUUUUAGAUCCUGCUAUUACAAGACCUGGAAGAUUUGAUAGAAUUGUUAAUAUUAAUAAACCAGAUAUUAAUGAAAGAUCAGAAAUAUUUCAAGUUCAUUUAAAAAAUUUAAAAUUACAUGAUUCUUUAGAUAUUAAAAAUAUAAGUUAUAUAUUAGCAUCGUUAACACCUGGAUUUGUCGGUGCAGAUAUUGCUAAUGUUGUAAAUGAAGGUGCAAUACAAUGUGCAAGACGAUCACAUGUACAAGGUGUACAAAUGCAUGAUUUUGAAUUAGCUAUCGAAAGAGUAUUAGGUGGGCUAGCCAAAUCAACUUCACUUAUAUCUCCGUUAGAAAAAAAAACAAUAUCAUAUCAUGAAACGGGUCAUGCACUUAUUGGAUGGUUUUUAGAAUUUGCUGAUCCUGUUUUAAAAGUGUCGAUAAUACCUAGAAGUAAUGGUGCAUUAGGAUAUUCUCAACAUCUAAGUGAAGAAAUUAUGUUAUUUUCUAAAGAAGCUAUACAUGAUAAAAUUGCAGUUAUAUUAGGUGGUCGUGCAGCAGAAGAAUUAUUUAUUGGAAAAAUAACAACCGGAGCAAUUGAUGAUUUAAAUAAAGUUACACAACUAGCUUAUUCAUAUGUAUCUCAAUAUGGAAUGAAUAAAGAAAUAGGUUUAGUUUCAUUUCAACAAAAUGGUGGAAAUAAUAGUGGUAAUGAAUAUGCUUUUUAUCGACCUCAUUCAGAAUGUUUAGCACAUCUAAUUGAUAAUGAAGCUAGAAAUUUAAUAGAAUCACAAUAUAAUCGAGUUAAAGCUAUUUUAAAAAAAAAUGAAAAACAUGUACAUAAUCUUGCUAAUUUAUUAUAUGAAAAAGAAACAAUAUCAUAUCAUGAUAUAGUUAAAUGUGUUGGAGAAAGACCAUAUCCCAUCAAAUCAAACUAUGAAAAGUUUGUUAAAGCAAACCCCUAUAAAAUGAAUCUAUCCACAUCUAUAGAAGAAAAUGCUGAAAAACUAGAUGAUUCAGAACACGCUCAAAAAAAUGAAUCCCAUAAAGAUCACACUAAUAAUGACCAUAACAAAAGUGAUACAAAUUUAAAAAAAAAAAAUAAUCAAAAUGAUAGUGGGGAUGUAAAUGGGACUUCUUCUGCUACCCCCAAUAAUGACGAUAGAAACAAAAAAGAUGAACAAAUUUCUAAUUUUAACAUAAGAUAA